UUCCGUCCCGUUGAGCCUUCUUUCCCCCCCUUAUCUGUUCAUUUGUAUAUCCAUCUCCCUCCUCAUGUCUCGAUAACUUGAGCCUCCUCCACCACCACCACCAUUUCUAAACCCUAUCAGUCUCGGACUCCAUCUUCCCCAGGUGGUCCCAAAAGAUUAUCUCUAUUCAAGCCAUUAGAACGGUGCCACUUUUGAUUAUCCUCCUCCACUCGUUUCCCGCACAGCGGUAUCGCCAUCAUGUUCGAGGACUUCUCUUUCUCCUCUCCCUCCUCCACCCGGCCUCCCCGCUUGGCCUUGGACAGCGAUGAAUACCAGCGCCUCACUCUCGACAAUGACAGUGGAUUAAUCUCCCCCUUGUCCUCGCGCUGUCCUUCCCCACGCUCGUCCGCGCAGCGCUUCCCCCGGACCCUAUCUCGCUCGCGAUCCUCCUACUCCCGGGGCCAGGCUCAAGCGCCCACCUCCGUCCCUUUCUCCGCAUACGAGAAGCGCUUCUCGAUCAGCACCCUCACCAAGAAACUCCACGAGCACACUCUCCAAAACCCGUUCGGCACUGCGGGGGCAUUCCCCAGCGACGACCGCUUCCCCGAUGCGCCCAUCUCCCCCACCUCCCCCUCCGACCUCCAUUUCGGUAGUAGCGGCAACAACAACCCCAAACUUUUCCCCGGCUACGUCCUGACACCCCCGGACACGGAUCUCGACGAUGAUUCCCACACGUCCGGCUCCCUCUCGCCGACGUUCCCUCCGUCAUCCUCCUCGCCAUACCUGAACCCGACCUCCGCCCCCGCCCCCGCCGACAGCUCCAACCACCCGACCGACACGACGACCCCAAUGGAUCUCAACGCGGACGAUCAAGAACAGAACUACACGGCCAUGCGCGCGCAGCGCCAACACAUCUCGCGUCUGCAGUACUGCAACCCCACCGACCUCGAGGCCAUCCGCCUGGCCCUGAUCUCCGAGGACGAGGCCCUGCGCACCGCCGUCUCGCACAGCUACUCCACCUGUGAAGACGACUGGCAUCCCAGCUCGCUCCCGCCGCAGUCGUCCCCGCGCCGACGCGCCCUGACGGCGUCGCGGGGCAGCCGGUUCCGCCCGGCCACGGAAUCGAUCUCCCCGACGUCUGCCGCCUCGUCCUCCGCGUCGCUGGCGGACUACACGCGGUCCCGGAGAAAGAGCAGUGUCAGCGCGCUGCAGUCCUCCCAUCGGAUCGAGAAGAGCUACCAGCUCGGCUCCACCCGGGACCUGCAGAAGAAGAGCGAGCAGGGCUUGCGCCGAAAGAGUCUCGUCAGUGCGGCGCUGGCUUCGAUGGUCGAAUAAGAUCGUGCUCGUCUCACCGUCCGGCCUUCCUGAGAAACAUUCUCUAUCCUAUGUCUUCGGCUAUCUAUGUCCAGUGUCCUUGAGCGAGGUGCAUAUCUUUUAUCGCUUUGACACCUGC